UUCCGGUAUAAGCCCCAGGAGGGAAGACCUGGUCUGCGGGUCUAGUGGGAAGUCUGAUCGCACUAUCACCCACACUGGCGUGAGAAAGGAAAGACCUUGGGACCUUUUCUAGGAACUAAGUUUGAGCAGUGGAGGCAGCGUUAAGAGAAAAAAUAGGUUCGGAAGCAGGUUUACUUUUAUGAGUGUAUGUCGGAGGACUCGGAGGUUUGUGGGGGAGAGGAUGGAGACCGCAAUUCCGCGUCCCUCACGUUACCAGGCACUGUUUUGGGCUAUGAUCAGAAGCACUGGACAGAUUAGAAAGAGCACCAAAAGAAUACACAGACAAAACUUCCUCCCUAAAUCCCCUCGCCCACAUCUUAGUGAGGAAGUCACAAACUGAGCAAAGAGUUUCUGUCGUUUUUUGGCAAAAAUGACAACCAAUGAGGCUGUUCUGAAGAGACUGGAGCAGAAGGGGGCAGAGGCGGAUCAAAUUAUUGAAUAUCUUAAACAGCAAGUUGCUCUUCUCAAGGAGAAAGCAAUUUUGCAGGCAACACUGAGAGAAGAGAAAAAACUUCGAGUUGAAAAUGCUAAACUGAAGAAAGAAAUAGAAGAACUGAAACAGGAGCUGAUUCAGGCUGAAAUUCAGAAUGGAGUGAAGCAAAUACCAUGCCCAUCUUAUACUCCACUGCAAGCCAAUUCUGUGACUGCUGAAAAUGCAGCACAGUCAACACCAGUAACUGUAUCGUCUGGUGCCAAAGAACACGUAAAAAAGCGGGGAGAAGAAAAGGCGAAAGAAAGAACUGAAAAGAAAGGAGAAAAGAAGGAGAAAAAGCCAUCUGCAGCAGGAAGUGCUGACUCUAAGCCAGUGGAUGCUUCCCGUCUGGAUCUUCGAAUUGGCCGAAUCAUUAAUGCCAAAAAACACCCUGAUGCAGAUUCUUUGUAUGUAGAAGAAAUAGAUGUUGGAGAAGCAGCCCCAAGAACAGUUGUUAGUGGCCUAGUGAAUCAUGUUCCUCUUGAACAGAUGGAAAAUCGGAUGGUGAUUCUGCUUUGCAAUCUGAAGCCUGCAAAGAUGAGGGGGGUCCUGUCUCAGGCGAUGGUGAUGUGUGCCAGUUCACCAGAGAAGGUCGAAAUCCUGGCUCCUCCUGAUGGGUCCAUUCCUGGAGACAGAGUCACUUUUGAUGCUUUCCCUGGGGAACCUGACAAGGAGCUAAAUCCUAAAAAGAAGAUUUGGGAGCAGAUCCAGCCUGACCUGUACACCAGAGAGGACUGUGUGGCCACAUACAAGGGUGUUCCCUUUGAGGUGAAAGGGAAGGGAGUGUGCAGGGCUCAGACCAUGGCCAAGAGUGGGAUCAAAUAAGAUCAGAGGCGGUGUUGCGGGAGCUCACUGGCAGAAACACUAAUAACAAUAAAAAGAAUAUAUUCAUUACUUCUACCUAAAGUAUGACUGAUCAUUUUUGUGUUACUUCUUUAAGAGUUACUAGUCUUUUACCUAGUGUAUUUGGUUUUCAGUUGACUAGGGAAAUACUGUACUUGUACAUGUGAUUUUUGAUCUUUACAAUGGAGGGAGGAAGCUGUCCAUGCUUUUUAGCAAUUUAUUUCUUAGUGGGUAUAUUGGUUAUAAGCUAUUUUUUCUUUUUACGUUUAGAUAACUUAGACUAGAUUAAUAUUUAGCU